CUUUCUCGCAGCUUCCUUUACGAAGCUACUUAAAAGCUCAGCUUUCGCUUCCUCCAUUUUUUCUCCUCUUCCGUAUUUUUAAAGGACACCGGGCUACCAUUGAACUGCCAUUUCGAAAUCCCAAAAACCUCUCUCUCUUUCUCACUCCAUAGUUGAGUCGCUUCGAGAAUCUUCUUUUCUUCCAUUGCAAAUUAAUGCGAAAAGGCCGUUGAUCCGAAUUGGAGGCUUGAGCUGUUUCGGAUCGGGUUUGGGUAAUGGAUCCGCUCGCGCUGAUGAACGCGGACUCGUUCCCGAACGCCAAUGCGGCGUCGUACAACCUGGCGGAGAACUGGCCGUUCCCGAUUAACGGCGCCGGCGUCGGAGACCCAGGAGGCGGAUUGGGGCUCCGGCGGCCGCAGUUUGGGCAGAGUUUGGCUCCGUUUGGGGACGUUUUGGUCGUCAAUCGGGACGUUUCGGGUAAUGAUCCCAUGAGUUUGGACCAGAGAGGGAACCACGGGGGCGCCAGGAAGCGGCGUGAUGUGGUGGAAGAUGAUUCGCCCAAGGGCGUGUCCACUAGUAGUGGCAAUGGCGUGAAUGAUUGUGAUGGAAAACGGCUAAAAACUUUGGGAUGUAAAGAAGAGAAUCACGAAUCCAAAGCCGAAGCAGAACUGAGUGCAGGCAAGCCUGCAGAACAAAAUGCUCGGCCGCCUGAACCGCCUAAGCAGGACUACAUCCACGUACGAGCAAGAAGGGGUCAAGCUACUGAUAGCCACAGUCUCGCAGAAAGAGCUAGAAGAGAAAAGAUAAGUGAAAGAAUGAAAAUGCUUCAAGACCUGGUCCCUGGCUGUAAUAAGGUUAUUGGAAAAGCACUGGUUCUUGAUGAGAUAAUUAAUUACAUCCAAUCAUUACAGCGUCAGGUUGAGUUCCUAUCUAUGAAGCUUGAAGCAGUUAAUUCCAGAAUGAAUCCGGGGAUUGAAGUGUUUCCUUCUAAAGAUGUCAAUUUAGCAUCUCAAUACGGUCAACAAACAUUUGAGGCUGCUGGAAUGGCAUUUGGUUCACAACCUGCAAGGGAUUUUAGCCGCGGAUCAUCGCCAGAGUGGUUACAUAUGCAGGUUGGUGGCGGUUUCGAAAGAACAACAUAGUCAAGAAAAAAACCUCGUCAACUGGUAAUAAAAACAUGAAAAGGCAGCACUUAUUCAUUCAGUUGUUGUCAACAAGUAUACCCCAUUAUGGAAAACCGAUAGAAAGACCUUUGAUCUCAUUUUCUACUUCAGGCCUGGAGUUGUUAUUGUUGUCUACGAAGACCAACAUUUAGUAUCGGAAUAUCUCCCUUUGUUCGUCGUGGAAAAUGAAUCUUCAGUCCCUGUGUCUCCUAGAAGGCUCCUCCAUAUUCUUCUCCUUAUCAGUACCAAGUAUAACACGCUGGAAGGAAAGAGUCGCCCAGAUCACACGAAGGAGCAGGAUCGCCACGAACACCAUGCCUCCAAGGUUGCAGACGAC